CCCGGACCUCAGCAAAGGGCAGAGCAAAGGAGGCGUUUUCUUUCACCUGAAAGCUGUGAGGAGGCUUGGAGGGCCUCUCCUAGCUGGGGCCCGAGCUCCGAGGCACUGGGCCGGCACACACGGCCCCCUCCGGGGCCCUGGGCAGCUCCCGGCCCAGUCCGCAGAGCAAGCAGCGGCAGAUUCCAAGAGCUCGUGAGAGCGUGAGCGCGGCUGUCUGCUGGGCCCCCGAGGCUCGCCGAGCGGGGGCAGAUCGGUCCGGGCUGUGCGGGGCGUUUACAAAAAGUGACUUGGAGAUGAACUCGCCCGUGCGCGGCUGGCGGCCCCGCUAUAGGGGCGAAGGCGCCUGACGCAAGCGGAACUCGGCGGAGCCCAUACGAAUCAGAACAGAGCGAGGCUCCCGGCGCACUAGGGACUCCGGGAGGCAGCUCCGCAGAGCCGCGGGUCGUGGCUCGGGAAACCGGGGGGUGGGGGAGGGGAGCGCAGGAAAGAAAACCCACCGAGGCGGGGACUGGCCCGGCAGGGAGGGGCGGCGGGCCGGAGCCCCUCUCCGUUGGGCAGGCUCCCCAUGGCCAGAGGCUGAGUCCCACUCCCGCCAGCCGCUCCCCAGGGGAAGAGAAAGGAGAGCGCGAGCAGCCAGGCCUCCGGCGAGCGGCAUCCGCAGUCUGCAGAAGUUUGAGGCUCGGCCGCGGGAGGACUUCUGCGCCCCGACUCCGCGAGGCCAGCGCUCAGAGAGGGGCGCGGGGUGGCCGGGCCGCGGCGUGGCUCCUUUGUCAUGAUGGCCAGCUACCCCGAGCCUGAGGACGCCUCAGGGGCCCUGCUGGCCCCGGACACCGGCCGCGUAGUCAAGGAGCCCGAGGCGCCGCCGCCAAGUCCGGGCAAGGGCGGCGGAGGGACAGCCUCGGAGAAGCCCGACCCGGCGCAGAAACCCCCGUACUCGUACGUGGCGCUCAUCGCCAUGGCGAUCCGCGAGAGCGCGGAGAAGCGGCUCACGCUGUCCGGCAUCUACCAGUACAUCAUCGCCAAGUUCCCGUUCUACGAGAAGAACAAGAAGGGCUGGCAGAACAGCAUCCGACACAACCUCAGCCUCAACGAGUGCUUCAUCAAGGUGCCGCGCGAGGGCGGCGGCGAGCGCAAGGGCAACUACUGGACGCUGGACCCGGCCUGCGAGGACAUGUUCGAGAAGGGCAACUACCGGCGCCGCCGCCGCAUGAAGCGCCCCUUCCGCCCGCCGCCCGCGCACUUCCAGCCCGGCAAGGGGCUGUUCGGGGCCGGGGGCGCGGCGGGCGGCUGCGGCGUGGCCGGGGCCGGGGCCGACGGCUACGGCUACCUGGCGCCCCCCAAGUACCUGCAGUCCGGUUUCCUCAAUAACUCGUGGCCACUGCCGCAGCCGCCCUCGCCCAUGCCCUACGCCUCCUGCCAGAUGGCGGCGGCCGCGGCGGCGGCGGCAGCGGCGGCGGCGGCCGCGGGCCCGGGCAGCCCGGGUGCGGCCGCUGUCGUCAAGGGGUUGGCGGGCCCGGCCGCCUCUUACGGGCCGUACUCGCGCGUGCAGGGCAUGGCGCUGCCCCCCGGCGUCGUGAACUCGUACAACGGCCUGGGAGGCCCGCCGGCAGGACCCCCGCCGCCGCCGCACCCUCAUCCGCACCCGCACGCGCACCAUCUGCACGCGGCCGCGGCACCCCCGCCAGCGCCACCGCACCACGGGGCCGCCGCGCCGCCCCCCGGCCAGCUCAGCCCGGCCAGCCCGGCCACCGCCGCACCCUCAGCGCCCGCACCCACCAGUGCGCCCGGCCUGCAGUUCGCCUGCGCCCGGCAGCCCGAGCUCGCCAUGAUGCAUUGCUCUUACUGGGACCACGACAGCAAGACCAGCGCGCUGCAUUCGCGCCUCGAUAUCUGAGAUCCAGCGCC